ACCGAGGGUUUACUUCCGGGGCGACUCCGAGAGCCACCCCCUCCGGACGGAAGUGGCGUACGCCAUGCGCCCUGGGCGUGAUGGAGCACCAGCAGCAGCAACUGAGAAACUUGCGAGACUUUCUGUUGGUCUACAAUCGGAUGACAGAACUGUGCUUCCAGCGCUGUGUGCCCAGCCUGCACCACCGAGCUCUGGACGCUGAGGAGGAGGCCUGCCUGCACAGCUGUGCUGGGAAGCUCAUCCAUUCUAACCACCGCCUCAUGGCCGCUUACGUGCACCUCAUGCCCGCCCUGGUCCAGCGCCGCAUGGCGGACUACGAGGCUGCCUCUGCCGUGCCAGGUGAUCCUGCAGAACAGCCCAGAGACUCGCCAUCAGGCAGCUAGCUAGCUGUCCCUGACCGCAGGAGAGAAGGUAGUUUUGCUGUGGGCACAUUGGUCUUCAAUACGAUCCUCCUGUCUCAGCCUCCCAGGUACUGGAAUUACAGACAUGGGCUACAACUGGUUGCUAGAUAAUUCUUUAGGAAUAUAAAAAUUGCUGACCAGAAGCUUCCCUACAGAGUGACCUGUGUACAUGAUUAAUUUCACUCCUUGACAAGUACAAACGUGAGUAGAGCAGCUUGUGAACUUAAUUCCCCAAACCAGGAAGGUGGAGACCCAGGAUACUGUGUGGCUGCUGAGAGAGCUCUAUAUCGGCAUCUGUAUGUAUCCCUUCAAUAAACAUGUGCUGUGA